AUGAAUUCUCCAAAAGUUGCUUCAGAUGAAGAAUCGCGAAAGGAGAUGACGUUAAGCCAAGCAUCACCAACGCUACUGCUAAAUCCAGAACUUUUGCACGUCAUGACAGCAAUGAUGGGCAAAGAAGUCCUCGUUGAAACAAAAGAUGGGAAACGUUUUCGUGGAACGUUCGCUUCGGCGGCUCCUGAUUUGAGUGACGUUGGAGUGUUUGAUGCGUAUGAGAUCACGGAUUCCAAUCAAGAUAAUUUAUUACCGCUGCGAUCGGAAAUUACUAAAAAAAUGCAAUUUCAUUUCGACGAUGUUAUUUGUUUUUCUGUGCGCCACAUUGAAGCUGUUGAUGCAAAAGGAUUCACAACGGAUUCCUUUUACCACGACAAGAAUGGUGUUAAAGAGAGUGAAUUGCAAUUAUGGGAAGGUGAUGAAACGACAGACUUCGAUAUUGAGAAUAUGGCUAAUAAAGAAGAUAUGUCACAAGGAUAUUGGAGUAUCGACGAUAUGUACAAAGCUAAUGACAAACUAGGCGUCCGGACAACAUACGAAGAAAAUCUGACUCAAUAUACAAAUGCCGAGGUCAUCGAUGAUCCCAAUAGAAGAGACGAAGUCAAUAGAAUCGCACAUGAAAUUGAAAAGAACAAAGAAAGCAAGAAAUUUGCGAGAUUGGAGAAUGAUGAUGAAGAACGGGAUUUGAACAAGCUGACCCUUGAUGAAGAUUUUGAGCACCAAAGAAAGAGGGGAACACCCCGUGGUAGAGGAAAUGCGCUUCCGAUCAAUAGGCGAGCAGAAGCGCUUCGCCCAGGUGUUGGAUCGCGUGGAAUGCAAAACAAUCGAUAUACCCCUAAUCAAAGCUCCCCAAGUCGAACUGAUUGGAAAGAUUCGUCUCGCGGAACCUUGAAUCGAGAUCGUGAUGGAUUCAACUCUAGAAGAUAUCAGGAUAGACAGAAUGCUCAUUCAUCCGAACCUCGUGAUUCACAAGGUUUGCUUGGACGUCGAAGCCAAGACUUGCAAAAUUUGCGUAAUUGGAAGCAAGAGUUCAAUCUGGGAACAAAUCCACCAAAAGAUGAGCCUAUUUCCUCCACAUCGCAACAAGCCGAUGCUGCAGUUGAAGGUUCAUCGGUCGCAAGCCCAUCACCUCGCGGCUCUGUUAAUGCUUGGAAUAAUGGUCCUCCACAGGGCCUGGUGAAUGCUCACAAUGGCAAUCAACGCGUUUCUACCUCAUCUCCAACUGCUUCUUUGCAAAGGGAAGGUGCCCCAGAUGGACAAUCAAGUCAGCGGUCCUCCGAUAACAGUGAACCAGUCAAGAAAGAGGUCGAAGAAAGUCGUGAUUUUGAAUCGGCGAUUGCUGAAAAUGAAGCGAAUGCUUCACCUGCUCAUGAAGAUGUGAAUGCUGGUAAACCACAAGAUACGGCUGCAUCUGUAAAGCAGUUUCAAUUCAACCUCAAUGCUCCCGCAUUCGUGCCCGGCCAAAAAAGCACUACGGAUGCCACGAUUCCAAUGGGACCGCCACCACCCAUCACUCCAUCACCUAUUACCACCACUCAUCAGCUUCCAAAUGUAUCUUCAGGAAUGCCUGUGAAUGUUGUUGGGCCGCCCCCCGUGAUGAUUCCGCAAAAUCCAAUGGUUCUUCAAUAUACCACAGCUCCACAGAUGUACCAACCAAUGGGACAACCUUACACACAAUAUGCCGUUCCUCAAACAGCAGCAACUCAGCGAGGCCCACCAAUCUACCCAGCUCCAACUUUACCAAACCGAAGGCCUUCACAACAACAGCCACCGCAACCAGCUAUGGUUUUUGGAACACCUCACUAUUCAUCGCAAGUUUAUCAAACCUCGCAGCCAAUCAACAUGCAGACAGCUCAAUACUUCCCUGGAACUUACCCAACAACAUCGGUACCACCUCCACAACCAGGAUUUGUACAACAGAUGACUAUGGCAAGUCCACAGCCAGUUGUUUCGAUGGCGUACAUGUCUCAGCAGGCACAAUAUUCAAUGCCUCCAAUGGGACCAGGCAUAUACGCACAGAUGGCAGCUACAGGUGGGGUGGCAAUCGGAACACCAGUCGGACAUCCAGUUGGACACAUGCUACCGGGUGGUACCGUAGGAGUAAGCCAUGAAGCUUCACAUAGCCAAGCACCUACACCAGCGCCGGUCGGGCAACAAUACGCGAAUCCCAGUGAUUUUGAGUGGAAGCAAUAUUCUGAAUGCACGCAACCUCAAUCAGACAUGGUUUUGUGCCAAGGUUACAACGAGGCGGCAUUCAAGCAACAAUGUCGUUCACGAUAUCCC